AUAUCGCAAAUUUUAUCGAUGAAAUGGCAACUCUUCUUUACAGCUGAUUUUUUAAUUGCAAAGACACAUCACUUUUUACGAAAAUAAUCCAAUAAACUACGAUCGUAUUGGAAUUGCAUAGAGUUAAACAUCCGGAUAAUAUCAUUAUCCUUAUAAUACUGCAAGGAUAAAAAGUCUAGUGAUAGACCUGGCGUUUUGUAAAAAAAAGUACCUUGCAUUUAAAGAAAUACUUAAAUUAUAAUGAUGACAUUAAAAUAUGGAAUUUGGGAGUCAAUAUUAUUCUUCGUUCUAUAUGUUUCAUCAGGAAGUACUGUCUUGUGCCAUGAAACCAAAGAUUUCGAUGAUUCUGUGCUUUAUAAAAUCGAUUUCGAAAUUCCUGAUUUUGAAAAGGAUCCUGAUUUAAAAAAUCAUCUGCGCACAUUCUACACACACGAUCAUGAGAAAUACGACUGUGUUAUACCAAUAGUCGAGGAUACCAAAGAGUCGAAAACGUUUAAUGAACCUGAACUGUCACCAAUAAACUUUCUUCAGCCCUUCUUCUCAGCUGCAAGCUGUUCGUACCGGAUUGAAGCUUAUUGGUCAUAUGAAAUUUGUCAUGGCCAACAUGUACGGCAAUCGCAUGAGGAAAGAGAGGGAAAAAACGUAAAACUGCAGGAAUAUAACUUAGGCAAAUGGUCCGAUGAGAAGACCGAAGAACUAACAAAAGCUUGGGAAAGUGACCGCAAGGCAGGCAUAAAAUAUAAGACUACCAAAAUUGAAAACACUAGAUAUCCAUACUUUGAGUUGGUGAUGACUGAUGGAACUAUGUGCGAUAUAAUUAAUUCACCUCGUACAACUCAUGUCCGUUAUGUGUGCUAUCCCCAUGGUAAAAAUGAGAUAUACUCAUUUAAAGAAACAUCCUCUUGCAAUUAUGAAGCUAUUAUUCUUACAUCUGUGCUCUGUUUGAUAUCCGCAUUUCAACCCGAGGAAUCAAAAGAGGUUUCUAUUAAAUGUUUCAAUUCUCCUAACGAGAUACACAAACCACUUAGCAUGUUACGGCAAGAGCUCAAUGAGUGGCAGUUAGCAGAUGAUGAAUUACCCGUAUCAAAAGAUGCAAGUACUGCGGCUAUGGCUUUAGCUCGUUCUGCAGCAGCUUCCGAGCGUUUGUCGUUCUUCAAUAAAAUUGAUAAAGUAGUACUUGAAUUGAUGAUUGGUUCUGGUGUUGACGUAUCUACGACACCAAAUGCAGUCAGUGAAGCUUUGCCACCCAUACCAAAAGCACCCAUCAAUGAUUUUGCGGCAGUUAAAGAAUUCAUUUCAGGCAGCAAAUGUUUGACUGGAGGUACAGGCUGGUGGAAGUAUGAAUUCUGUUAUGGUCGACAUGUACGUCAAUUUCAUAAGGAUAAAAAAUCGGAAUCAGAGCUGUUCUUAGGGUAUUUCUCGGAAAGUUCACAUCGUCAAUGGUUGGCGAAAAAUCUAGACAAAAUGCCCAAACGCGGUGGUUACUCCAAUGCACUUUGGCAUCAUUAUGAUCAAGGAACACACUGCGAUCGUACUGGAUCUCCACGCGAAGUAGAUGUCAAAUUAAUGUGUACGCCGAUCAGUAGUAGUGCCAGUGCAGUUUCCAUUUAUCUUUUGGAACCAAAAACAUGUCAAUAUAUUCUGGUUAUGGAGUCACCAAUUGUUUGCGAUCUAAUACAGUUAGCUGACGAAUACGGUCUGGUGCAAGAAGAAAAUCUUCAGGAACAAAUACAGAAAAACACAUUGGCAAAUGAAGAAAACUCAAAAGAGCCAGUCAUUGAAUCAGAUAAAGAGACAGUAGAGAAGAGUGAAAUAAACGGGGGCUUAAAUGACCCAAUGACACCACAGGAUAUACGCGCUUGAAAUGAAGUAUUUAUAAAAAUGGUUGGAAAUGUCCAAAAUUGAUGUUUAAUAAAUAACCAGUACUGAAUUUUUAAGUGAUAUGUAAAAUUUAUUUCCACGAUUAUAUAUAUGUAGCUUAAUAAAUGUAAUUAAAUCUUUUAGGGGA